UUUAAAAUAAAUUUCUAAAGUAGUUCAUCCAAAACUUCUUGUCAAGGGAAUGCAAGAGAGUCUUUGGGGAAGGAAGGAGAGAUCAUGAAUUCUGGACUUUCAUGGGCUGAUCAAUGGGAUUACGACAAUCCCGACCCACCGCCACCAUCGUCAUCGGAGAAUGAUAAGAAGAAGGGAAAGGAUGGGUCUAAAGGGAGUAAGUUUGGCAAAUCAAUAUUAAAGUUCAAAUGGAUUAAAGAUAUUCGCAAGAAAUCUCAGAAACAAUGAGUACUGAUCGAUCAUGUGCAUCAAGAAGCCAGAUCUGUGGCCUCUAUCACUUCAUCUAUGAUUCAAUAAUAUAGUCUAUUCAAUUCUUUCUUUGUUAAUAGUAAU